AUGUCUUACGUUGCUACUCUGAUUAGCGAUAAAGGGAUCACUCCCUCAUUUGUGGAUGAGUUUGAGACUGUUCUCCGUACUGAAUCGGCCACAGUUCUCCGUCCUGAGAUGCUCUCAGAUUCUGCUGGCCUUGGUGGUACACAAGCUAUGGACUUUUAUUUGGACAUUGAUUCAUCCAAUAUUACAUCUUUAAAGCAGUCUUUGUUUGAUUUGAGCAGUAAAUCUUAUGGAGUGGACAUUAUUCUUCAACCAGCUGAUCGGGAGUCUAGAAGAGAUAAAGGAUUAUUCGUGUUUGAUAUGGAUUCCACGUUGAUUCAACAGGAGGUAAUCGACAUGAUUGCUGCUUAUGUCAACGUUGAAGCGGAAGUUUCUAAGAUUACUGCGUCUGCUAUGAACGGAGAAAUUGACUUUACUGAGUCAUUGAGGCAACGAGUAGCUUUAUUAGCUGGUGCACCAGCUGAUGUGUUUGAUUCAUUAAAGAGUCAAAUUAAGAUUACACCAGGAGCCAAAGAACUCACCCGGGCUCUCAAAAAGAAGGGAGUCAAAAUGGCUGUUCUCAGUGGAGGUUUUAUUCCUUUGGCCAGUUGGCUUAAAGAUCAACUGGGCCUAGACUAUGCAUAUGCCAAUAACUUGGAGGUGUCUGAAGACGGGAAAACACUGGUUGGAAAAACAUAUGGCCGUAUUAUUAAUAGCACAGCCAAGGCCGAUCUCCUGAAAGAGAUUGCUGAAAAAGAAAAUGUCGAUUUGUCUAGAGUUGUUGCUGUUGGAGAUGGUUCUAAUGAUUUAGAAAUGAUGGGUGUUGCAGGCUAUGGUAUUGCAUGGAAUGCUAAGCCACUUGUGCAACAGAAGGCACCAUCCCGCUUAAACACAAAGUCGCUACAGGAUAUUUUAUAUAUUCUGGGGUAUAAUGACAAAGAGCAGAAAGAACUUAUUUUAUGA